AUGGCUCCAAUGCUACAUCUUCGUCUCCAGUCUCUUGAAGACGACGACCCAUGGAUCAUCGAGCAGAAAAAUUUCGAUAUCUUGAACGACUUUCUGCAACCAGACAGCAAACUGUCUUCCAAAGAAGCGGCCUUUCAGAUAAAUGAGCUUACCCCUAUGAAGCGGGAAGCUCGGGGUGAAGAGAAUGCCGAGCACCCAGAGAGCUAUCUGUGGGAAAUGUGGUGCUUCUUUAUUGAGAUAUCAAAACAGAUUCCCCAUGACCAUCCAUCACAGGGGAAACUAGUAUCUCUGAUUAAAGAGUUGAAAUCGCUGCCGUCGAUAGAAGUCGAGAUUUGGGGUCCGAAAAAGUUGCGGAUCUGGGCAGAUUUGCCCUUGAUAGGGGCAGCCUGGGCUGAGGGUUGGCAAGAGCCUUCGAAACAUGAUACAGAUUUUGAUGAAGCAUCCAGAAGAGCUGUAAACUGGCAUGCAUUUUCGGCAGGCCUGCUUCAGUCAGGUAUAGCUCCAUGGUUUAUGUAUGUUAACAGAAUCUUCCGUCUGGCCUUUGAAAAUGAGCCAAACCAGAAAAAAGAGCUCGCAGAGCAUCAAAUACGUGCAGCCGCGCAGUGGAUCGAACAUUCCAGACAAGCAAUUUUUCAGAAAGUGGACGUUAAAUUCUCGAAUAGUGAUUUAACUCAAUUUGGAGAAGGUCCUCUUUUCAAAAGGCAAAAAGGCAAGAGAGGCAAGAAGGGGAAGAAGGGGAAGAAGGGGAAGAAGGGGAAGAAAGGGAAGAAAGGGAAGAAAGGGAAGAAAGACAGGAGAGGCAUCUCUCGGGAGAGAUGGGACUUUUGGGAAGCCAGUUUCCGGGCAUUUGGAGGUGAAAGAUCUGGGGAAGUAUCAGAAGAAACCGCAGCUGUAUGUCGCAGAGCUGCGUUGCAGAUGACGGAAACUAGCAGCACAACCAUUCCCGAGGUCGUUAAUAGCUUUGAGGCUCCAGAUUUUUAA